CACAUUUUUCAGAUCAACAAACAUUGUGUUGAGUGAAGAGAAUGAUGAAGUGUGGUGUAGCUAUAGUGAUGGUGGUGGCACUGGUUCUGGUUGAGGUGGGGCCCAUGGCUGAGGCUGUGAAUUGCACUCCAACAGAGUUGAGCUCUUGUCUUGCAGCAAUCUCUUCCAACGCUCCUCCCUCUACUACUUGUUGUCAGAAGCUGAAGCAGCAAAAGCCAUGCUUGUGUGGAUACCUCAAAAACCCUAGCUUCAAGGCCUAUGUUAGCUCUCCUGGUGCCAAAAGAGUUGCUUCUGCUUGUGGCGUUGCCAUCCCAUCUUGUUAAUAUAAAGUGUGUCAAAUAUAUAUCAAGAGUUUAAUUUAUAUACCCAAGUAACGUUGAAAAAAACUCAAGUUCUAUAUUGAGUUUUUAUUAUACGUAAAACAUUUUGAUACAGAUAUUCAAGAGAAUUUUAACCAUCUUAUUACAUCAUUCGAUUCAUUAAUAUGAUGUAAUAAUAGAGUAAAUUCUGAUUGAAUAUCUGUGUAGAGAAGUUUUAUGUUUGUUAUUUUUGUAUGUGAAUUGAGCUUUGUAAGAAUAUUAUUCAGUCUAAGUAUGUCUAAGAAUUUGGACGUGUUGCCUCGUCUCUAGAGAUAUGAAUAUGGUGUAUACACUAGUAUACACGUUGUAUCUAGGGAUUUAUGUGUAAUAUGGUGUUUUAAGGACUAUAAAUAAGGAAAUAAUGUGGUAUUAUAUUC